CAGCUGAGAAAGAAAGGCGAUGUGUUUGCUCCUGUAGCCGUGAUAACAAUUCACACUGCACUGCACCGGUGGUUUUCCAAAGCACCGCUACUGGUACAAAGUUUAGCCACUUCAGUAUCUGAACUUCCCGACGGCAAACAGAGAGAAAAAAAAAAGAAACUAGUCUGAAGAAAACGACUCCGACGAAGAAAAAAAAAACUUCAAGCUUGUCACCACUGAAAGCAUCCAGCUGAGAUAUGCAGUUCGAAGAGGCUCUGCAUCUGGUCGGCGAAUUCGGCGUCUUCCAAUGGCUUCUCAUCGUGUACCUGGUGGUGUUCGUGGCUCCCAUGCGAGUGAUACCGCUGUUCGCGCACAUAUUCACGCUGCUCGAGCCGCCGCACUGGUGCCGCCAGCCCGAACUCGAAGAUCUGUUCAACCUGACGCGCGAGGAAGCUCGAGACCUGGGCGUGCCUCGCGAGCCGGACGGGAAGUGGAGCAAGUGCACAAUGUACGACUUCAACUUGACGGAGCUUGGUUCCUGGACGAGCUUGCCCUCCACAGACAACCUGCCCGUUGUGCCCUGCCGGUCUGGGUGGCACUACGACCACUCCGUCAUUUACCCGACCAUCGUGUCCGAGAUGGAUUGGGUUUGCGGCCAGACCUGGAAGGCGUACCUGGCAAACUCCCUCUUCUUUGGCGCCAUGUCCAUUGGAGUGAUUGGGAUCGGCGCCAUAAGUGACAAAAUCGGCCGAGUGCCCGUGAUGAUUGCAAUCUACAUCCUGGCAGGAGUGGGCGCUGUGGUCACCUACUUCACGCAAGACUUCUAUCUAUUCCUGGUCACCCGGAUUAUUGAAGGAGGCGUCAUUCUAUCCAUCAGCAUCAUCCCUUUCGUGUUGGCGUUGGAGUACGUGCCAGCGCAAAAGCGGAUGCUGGUUCUGAGCGCUUUCCGGUUCGCCUACCCUCUGCUUGGAGUUUGCAUGCCGUGGGUGGCGUACUGGCUUGCUCACUGGCGCCUUCUCAACGCUGUCGUCGUGUUACCCUGCCUUGUCGGGCCUGUGGUUUCCAUUUUCAUACCGGAGUCCACUAGGUGGCUGCUAUCCAAAGGAAGGACGGAUAGGGCGAAAAAAAUCCUGCUUCGCGUCUCCCGUGUUAAUGGCAAGAAAGUGGAAAGUUCAGCACUUGACUCUCUCCAGAUUCCAACCAAGACGGACGCUUCUAAGAAAUCGUCAACAACGGACGUCUUCAAGUAUCCUACGCUCCGCAGGAGCUUCAUUAUAACACUUUUUCUUUGGUUGAUGUCGUGCCUGACUUACUCGGCUGGCCAGCUGUACGCUGCCACGGCAACCGACGAUCCAUUCGUGAUGACGUCGACGACCAAUGCGGUGGACAUAUUGGCCACGGGGCUAGCUCUUCCGCUAGCUGACAGGUGGGGCCGAAGACCGAGCAUGGUGUGCGCCUACGGUCUGGCUGCUGUCUGCUACGUGGGCGUGGCAGGAUUUUUCGGCAAAUCAGAGGCAAUAUUCGCCAUCCUGAUGGUGGGUCGGUUCGCUCUUACCACCGCUUACAACGUGGGCUACCUCUUCGCCGCUGAGAUCUACCCGACUGAGAUACGCUCGCAAGCGCUAUCGAUCAGACAAGCAUUCGGCUCUCUCGGGAAGUUCCUCAGCGCUCAAGUCGUGCAGCUGGCAUUCUACGGCCGCUUCCUGCCUCUGUUUAUCCUGGGCGGGCUAUCUUGUGCGUCGGCACUCAUCACGCUGCCUCUACCGGAGACCAACAACCAGCGAUUGCCGGAAACGCUGGAAGAGGGCGAGGCGAUGCGAGAUCUACCCAAGCCCUGGUUCCCGUGCCUAGCGAGGAGAAAGCAGGAGCUAAGCGCAACCGGAACUCGGGGCCGCAGCAUGUCCACCAUGUCAGCCGCUACUAUCGACAGCGUCAGUCCGCACUAGAACUGUCGUGAGAACAACGUGGCGUUGUAAGCAAAAGUACUGCCAUAGCCAGGCUUUACACGCGAUGAGAGGCACCUCCAGCGGUCUUACACCACGGCACAGAUCGCCGGGCAGAGCUGCUGCAAAGUUUUCGCAAAAUACAAGAUUACAUGGCAGCAGUGCUUGAAGCCAGUUAAGAACAAAAUAGUCGACCAUAACUGUUUUUUAUUUACUCAGCGAAGGAAAUGUUUGUCAUUACUAAUUAAUGAAAUGAGCACGAUGUCUUCUUUCAUAACCCUUUCUCCAAAC